AUGUCGUCUCCUUUUAGGGCUGCUGCAGAACAGGUAUUAGCCAAAUUUUUAAGUCCUCAUAGUAAUGAAACUACCACAGUGGACUCCGAAUUGGUAGAUGUGUUCAAUAAAGUGAACACAUUCAUGUCAACUAACCAGUCUCAACUUAAUAAAGUGUUUGAUAGAUGGGUCGAUAGAACAACAUUCUCAUUUACUCAACUUAUAUCAACCCAUCCUUCGCUAUAUGCUUGCGUUGGUAUGCUGGCCUUUGCGCUUACUGUUGUAACAUUAGGGUCUUUCACCUCAAUCAAAUCAAUUCCACAUACUGCCUUGCCACCAACAAAGUAUGAUCCUUUGUUCGACCCCACUGAUUUUGAUUUGGAUACUGAAAGUAUAAUUGUUCAUAAAAAUGAAACUGAUGCCCAGAAGAAGAAAGAUGGCCAUAAAUUAGCUAACUACGACAAAAUUGACGUAAGACAUUCUUUAUUAAUCCCUCUGAGUUGCGGUGCUGUUUUGAUGACAUUGUAUUUUUUUAUUAAGAGGUUGCAGGUCAGAUGGCUUUCCAUCAUAGUUAAGGGCUUGACUUAUCAGUCCAUACUUUCCCACACUUUCGCUGCUACUUUUGUUUACAACUAUUUGAUACAAAGUUUCAUUAGAAACUUGUCAUACUUGUUUAAAUUUAAUCCGUUAAAGAUUUUACCCAGAUGCCGUCUAACAGUGUCAGACGAUAAUGUUGAAAUUCAUCAAACAGGAGCCGUUAGCAAUCUUUGCUAUAAGAAUCAAAUAUCUGGUAAAAUCCAGGAGGCUAAAAGAGUUGAGAAGAUUAAGAAGACAUCAUGGGAAAGCCACAUGUACAGACGUGAACUUAAAGCACCAUCUUCCGUUAAAUCUGAUUCACAAAUUCUCAAUGUUUAUAUGUCAGAUGCCACAAUUUAUUCGUUUAUUUUUGCAUGUAUUAUAUCUGCGCUCUAUUUUUGGUUUCCAAGGAAUUGGAUGUUGACAAAUAUUGUUAGCUUGAAUCUUUCAGUAUGGACAAUUUCUCAACUAAACCUUAAGAAUUUGAAGUCUGGAACAAUGAUUCUACUAGUGUUGUUCUUCUAUGACAUUUACUUCGUGUUUUACAAUGACGUGAUGGUUACUGUAGCCACCCAAUUGGAGUUACCAUUUAAACUUUCAAUUCCAGUCAAAUUCAAUCCUGCCAGUAAAAAGUUUGAUUUUUCAUUCCUUGGGCUUGGCGAUAUGAUCAUCCCUGGCAUGUUUAUUGCAAUGUGUUAUAAGUUUGAUAUCUGGAAAUGGCAUCUAAAAAAUGUCGACCGUGAAUUUCAUCUCUUGAAUUGGGGGUACAUCGGCACAUAUUUCAAAGUUGCCUUGAUAUCUUAUGCAUUGUCUAUGGUUACCUGUAUGCUUUGCUUAAACAUAUUCAAUGUUGCACAACCUGCAUUACUUUACAUCGUCCCAUUUUUGUUAAUAUCGAUAAGUGUCGUAGCUAAAUUCAACAAUGAUUUUAAGGAUAUGUGGAAUUUACAAUUUGAUGUCAUUGAGAUAGAUGAUGAAAAACUAAGUUCUGGUCGUUUGGAGAAGGAGGACCAACUGACCUACUCUGAAUUAUUAGAAUCCGAUUAUAUUGAAGAUUCUGACACAGAUGUUAAUUCUGACUUCACACCUGAAUCAGAUGACGAUUUGAGCUUAUCUGAUGAUGAUGACGAGGCGGAAGAUUAG